ACCGUUUGUUUUUGCCGGUAGUUUCCUCUCUUGACACAGUUCUUCUUCUUUUCUGCCCAGGUUAUCGUUCUUUCUCUUCCGGUUGUCGUCUGUUCGUGUGGCAGAUUAACCUGUGUCGAAAUGGCAAAGUCGAAGAACCACACCACCCACAACCAGUCUCGCAAAGCCCACAGAAAUGGCAUCCAUCAUCCCAAGUCUACCCGCUACGAGUCAUUGAAGGGGGUGGACCCCAAGUUCCUGAGGAACAUGCGUUUUGCCAAGAAGCACAACAAGAGGGGCAUGAGGGCAGCGCAGAAGGCUGCAGCAGCAGCAGCAGCAGCUGCAGCAGCAGCAGCAGCAGGAGCAGGAGCAGCACAAGCAGCAAAAUAAGCUGCUCUCCAGUUUCCUCAAUGUCUAUUCCAUGUUUCCACCAUCCCAAUAAAGCUUUGCUUUGUUAACAAA